ACUUGGUAAAAGUCAUUUUACUUCUUAUGUACAAUUACGUGGUAGCGUACCAGCAUUUUGGAGUCAAGAUCCAAAACAAGUACCUAAACCACCAAUUGUUAUUCUUGUUCUCAAUCUUGUUAAAAAACGUGAAAAGAAAAAACAAGAAUAUAUUUUAUCUGAAGAAUUUUGUAGUGCUCUUGAUUAUAUAAAACAAUUUAUACCGGAUGAUAAUGGUAUACAAUAUUUAGCAUUUGAUAUGGCUCGUGUUAAUCGUUCAAAACAUCGACGUGUUAUGCCGAAAUUAGAUGAAAUAGCUCGUCGAUAUUUACAACAAACUGGAUUUUUUCAAAAUUUUCCAUUAUUAGUUAAUGAAAAACAAUAUUUUUAUGACAAAGAAAAUGCAAUUAAAUUAACACCAUAUCAAUCACUUUUUGUACAAACAGGUGUCGUACGAGUCAAUUGUGUUGAUUGCCUUGAUAGAACCAAUACAGCUAUGUAUGCUAUAGCAAAAUGUGCUCUUGGAUAUCAGUUAUUUGCCAUGGGUCUUACUGAUUCACCACAUUUACAAGAAGAUUCUGCAGCUGAAUUAGUAAUAAAACAAUUGUUUGAACAUUCCGGUGAUAUUCUAGCACAACAAUAUGCUGGCAGUCAAUUAGUUCAUCGAAUUGAUACAUAUAAAAAAUUAACACCAGCUUGGUCAACACAANUGGGUCUUACUGAUUCACCACAUUUACAAGAAGAUUCUGCAGCUGAAUUAGUAAUAAAACAAUUGUUUGAACAUUCCGGUGAUAUUCUAGCACAACAAUAUGCUGGCAGUCAAUUAGUUCAUCGAAUUGAUACAUAUAAAAAAUUAACACCAGCUUGGUCAACACAAUCUCGAGAUAUUGUACAAACACUUUCACGUUAUUUUUCAAAUACAUUUUCAGAUGCGGAAAAACAUCAUGCAAUGAAUUUAUUUUUGGGUGUUUUUCAACCAAGAAUAGGUCGACCACAUUUCUGGGAAUUAGCAAAUGAUUAUCAUUUACAUGAUCCACGAAUAAUACCUGGUUACAUUGCACCACAUUGUACAAAUAUUCUUGGUGAUGAUAUAUGGUUUUCAUUACCACUUGCAGCUGAACAAGCUUUAAAAUCAAACAAAGAUUGUCUUGAAAUCGUUGCAGUUAAAAAUGAUGAUCCACUUGUUGAUGGUUUUAAUGAAUAUUAUCAUCCAGAUGAAUUAACUGUAUUUGAAGAAAAAUUUGAAUGGAAUAUGGAUUCAACUAAUCAAGAUUUAGCAUAUAACUAUACAAAUAUUCGUGAAUUUACACCAUUUUCUAUUCGAGAUAAUAAACAACGAAAAAGUAUGGCUGGUCUCAGUCUUACUGCUGAUGUUCAACAACGUGCACUUCUUCCACCAUCAACAUCAUUACCUAAUCAAUCUCAAAAUUUAAAUCAAGAUCAAACAUCUGAUGAAGAUAUAUUUGAUGAUACAGAUACCGAUGAAGAAACUUCGAAAAAACAAUUACGAAUGGCAAAUAAAAAAUCUUUUAAAUCAAAAACACCUAAUAAAUUAAUUAAUGAUGAUUCAAAUAAUAGUGCAAUACAAGUAAAACGUCUUUUAAGUAUUAUAUUUCCAACAACAAAUGAUGUAUAUGGUUUUCAUUUGGAUGAACCAUCAACAGAAUCAUUACAUUGUUAUGAACAAUAUGCAAAAAUAGCACGUGAUGCAUGUUCAUUACCAACAACAUCAANGGCAAAUAAAAAAUCUUUUAAAUCAAAAACACCUAAUAAAUUAAUUAAUGAUGAUUCAAAUAAUAGUGCAAUACAAGUAAAACGUCUUUUAAGUAUUAUAUUUCCAACAACAAAUGAUGUAUAUGGUUUUCAUUUGGAUGAACCAUCAACAGAAUCAUUACAUUGUUAUGAACAAUAUGCAAAAAUAGCACGUGAUGCAUGUUCAUUACCAACAACAUCAACAUCAAAUAAUCAAAAUAUGUAUGAAUUAUCCCUAUCAUUAUAUCGAUCAAUGUCAUCAAGUUCAAGUUUUGAAAUUGUUUCACCUGUUAUAAAUGAACGAUCAAAAUUAACACAACAACAGCAGCAACAAACGGAACAAGAAUCAUUACAACAAUCAUUAAUGUCUAUGUUUGAUGAACCAAUCGUUAGUGAUGAUGCUAUUCGAAUUUAUGAACGAUCAGUAGCAGUANCAACACGUGAUGCAUGUUCAUUACCAACAACAUCAAAUAAUCAAAAUAUUUUUGAAUUAUCCCUAUCAUUAAAUCGAUCAUUGUCAUCAAGUUCAAGUUUUGAAAUUGUUUCACCUGUUAUAAAUGAACGAUCAAAAUUAACACAACAACAGCAGCAACAAACGGAACAAGAAUCAUUACAACAAUC